AUGGACAGACAGGUCGAUAGGCGCCUAGUGUCUAAGAUAAUAGAAGCAAAAAAUGUAUAUGGAGACAAAGGCAAACUGAGCGAUACGUAUGUAACAGCACAACUAGACACCCUCCCAACAAAGAAAACACCUGUAGUCUACAACGAUGCCAAUCCAUUCUUUGCUGAAGAAUGUGUAUUCGAUGCCGUACCUCCAGACUUUUCGUCAUUGACUGUCUCUGUAUGGAAUGAAUCCGCCAAGGAACGACCUCUAGGCGUAACUACCUUCUCAAGAACUUUUUUGCUCGAGAGCAGUGCCGAAGAGGAACAGUGGUUUGCUCUCCGACCAGCUGACGGACAAAUAGUUACUGGAAGUGUCGAGAUACGGGUACAGCGUGCAAAACUUUCAGGGAUUCCGGAGCAGUCUGCCCAGUUCUCCAUUACCAUCCUUGGUGCACAAAAGUUGUGGACACCUACAGGUGUCGCAGAUGCGUAUGCAGUGUGUCAUGUGCUGCCAGACCCAACUGCUCAAUCGACAAGAGCGACACAAGUCAAGAAGGGAACCACAAACCCUGUAUUCGAGGAGACAUUUGACUUCACUCUGCAAUCGGUUGGCUCCCAGCACGAAUUGCAUGUAUCGAUGUGGGACGCAUCACGGCAAGACGAAUUUUUAGGACAUUUAUCAAUUCCUCUCGCCAGUAUUCAGCCCUCUGAAUCAAUGCAGGAAUGGUUUACUCUUCUCCCUAAACCUGCACACAUUCAAAGUCACUCAGCAGCUCUCGACAAGAAAAAGAAAACAGGAAGCACAAAUCAACUUUCCGAAUUUAUGAAGGCCAAGCAGUUUGUACAGAGUCUGCAAACAACAGUCAGUGAUGUGGUCCCAAAGACAAAGCAGAGUCAUCGACUCGUCGAUACGAGGUUUUUGUGGGUCGCCAUGUGUGGUCACUGUGGCACGCUACUGUGGGGUCUUAGAACUCAUUUACAGUGUUCCUUAUGCAAAUUCGCAUGCCAUGUACAUUGUGCCCAAUACGUUGCGGACGACUGUGGAGGAGUCGGUCUGUUACGAAUGAAGUUCAAAUACACAGAAACGUUGGUCUUGCCCGUUGAUCGGUACAUGAAACUUGAUCAGAUAGUCAGCGCCGAGAACUAUAGGCUAGCCACACUUUUUGGUGAAAUUAGUACUGAACGAGAAGAAGCAGCGUAUUGCCUGGUCAAGAUUGCAGAGAGCAAGGGAAGGGUGGUGGAAUUUCUGUGCGCCGUAAUCUCAAAUGAAGUCCGAGCUUCUGCUGAUCACAAUAACAUGUUCAGGGCCAAUAGUAUGGCUUCGAAGGCCGUGGACGUUUACAUGAAACACAUUGCAUUGCCAUUCUUGGAUGCCACCAUUGGCGAUUUGAUCCGACAAUUGGUCAAGACUCGUAUCAGUUGCGAGGUUGACUCAACUCGCCUGGAUAAGGGUGAUGAUCACAAGAAGAAUUUGCAAAAUUUGCUUGAAUGGAACAAGAAGAUUGUAUUUUCGAUAUUCGAAGCCAAGGCCGCUUUCCCAUUCCCACUCCGACGAGUAUUCCAACAUCUUCAGAAAGAAGUGAAGGAUCGGUUUCCGAAUGAAGUCGACGUCCGGUAUACAUCUGUUGCUGGAUUUGCGUUCUUGAGGUUUUUUGCUCCAGCGAUUUUGGGUCCUCGGUUGUUUGGAUUGAUUGAUGAAUACGUUGAUGCUCGAACAACACGGACUCUGACACUACUGGCAAAGACAUUGCAGUCUCUCGCCAACAAUGUACCAUUUGGAGAAAAGGAACCCUAUAUGACGGUUAUGAAUCCCUUUAUUGAAGAUAAUGCUGGCAAGAUGCGAGAGUAUAUUGAUUACAUUUCGGAACCUGAGAACAAGAUGGCUUCGGAUCAGAAACCCUCUCCUGCCAAAAUUCUAUCAGAGGUUCAAGUUGCCAGUGAAUACGCCCGACUGUAUGGUUGCUUCUCCCGAGCUCAAACCAAAAUUGUUCAAGCUAUUGCUACAAAAGAUGUCCCAAUUGUGAGGACCUUGACGAACACAUUAUCGCAAAUAUCCUCAGAAGUCGGCGACGCUAAUUCGACUCUACCAAGAGUCGCUUCUACGCCAAGCCCAAUCACAGUGACACCCGGCACCGCUCCAAGCUCUCCCUUAAAGGGGUCAUCGUCUUAUGUCGCAAGAUCCGAGCUGGUCCAGACCGUCGAACCGAUGCCAAUACCGUUUGGAGAGAGUCAGCAUAGCAUAGAGUCGGUAGUUCCGCUUGUAGCAGGUCUCCGGCAACUACAGGACAAUUUGGAAGUUGCUGUAGAUAACCAAGUAUCAGAACCAAUGACACCAGUACGAGAAAACUCUCAAAAGCAUACUUCCGGACCGGCAUCAGCUGCACCAUCUACUGGAACUACUGUACCCACAACUCCGACCGUAACGGUUCCACGCCAGGGACUACGGGAUAGUGGUAAUUUGACGAAAUUGGCCUCGUCACUAGAAGAUGUGCUGAAAACAGGCCAGUCACCACGAACUUCUGUCAUAUUGAACGAGGGCAUCGCUGUAACCAAAGAAGUCACUGUCAGUGACUCUCGGCCGUCAUCUAUGAUUCUGUCCCCCAUAUCUCUCAUAUCGGCUGAAAAGGCUAUUGAUGCUGCCUUUAUUACAACCACGGGUGACCUGAAUAGUGUUUCAUCCGGCACAAACUCGACAGCAGCUCCAAAGAAGAAUCAACUGAUAACCGGCAAGAAACUCGCUCCUAUAUGCUCUGGAUGUCAUGAACCUAUUCGUAGCAAGUCGCCGUUUGUGAGAGCGCUUGGAACAGUAUUUCAUCCUGCAUGUUUCCAAUGUGGUGCUUGUGGUAUCCAACUUGGUGAAAAGUAUGUUGCAUAUGAGGGCAUGCCACUAUGUAAACGAGACUUUGAAAAGCGAGCUGGGUUGAGUUGUGGUGGUUGUGGGCAGAUAAUAGAGAAGGAGUACACUGAAUUCAACAACAGAAAGUAUCACAUCCAUUGUAAAAAGUGCAAGCACUGCAAACAACCGCUGGCUGGUCGUCCGUACUUUGCUAUUGAAGAUGAUGUAUACUGUGCCGAGCAUCAAACUGACUUUUUGAACUGUUUUGCAUGUGGAGGAGCCAUCAGUGGAGGUCAUAUUCUAAGGUAA